AUGGGUAAAGAUAAGACUCACGUCAACGUCGUUGUCAUCGGACACGUCGACUCUGGAAAGUCGACCACCACCGGACACUUGAUCUACAAGUGUGGUGGUAUUGACAAGCGAACCAUCGAGAAGUUCGAGAAGGAGGCUGCCGAGCUCGGAAAGUCCUCGUUCAAGUACGCUUGGGUCCUUGACAAACUUAAGGCCGAGCGAGAGCGAGGUAUCACCAUCGACAUUGCCCUCUGGAAGUUCGAGACUCCCCGAUACAAUGUCACCGUCAUCGACGCCCCCGGUCACCGAGACUUUAUCAAGAACAUGAUCACUGGUACUUCCCAGGCCGAUUGUGCCAUCUUGAUCAUUGCCUCCGGUAUCGGAGAGUUCGAGGCUGGUAUCUCCAAGGAUGGUCAGACCAGGGAGCACGCUUUGCUCGCCUUCACCCUCGGUGUCAGGCAGCUCAUCGUCGCCAUCAACAAGAUGGACACCUGCAAGUGGUCCGGUGACCGAUACGAGGAAAUCGUCAAGGAGGCUUCCGGUUUCAUCAAGAAGGUCGGUUACAACCCCAAGUCGGUUCCCUUCGUCCCCAUCUCCGGAUGGCACGGAGACAACAUGUUGGAGGAGUCCACCAACAUGCCCUGGUACAAGGGAUGGAACAAGGAGACCAAGGCCGGUGCCGCCAAGGGUAAGACCCUUUUGGAGGCCAUCGACGCCAUUGAGCCCCCUGUCCGACCCUCGGACAAGCCCCUCCGACUUCCCCUCCAGGACGUCUACAAGAUCGGUGGUAUCGGAACAGUUCCCGUCGGUCGAGUCGAGACCGGUGUCAUCAAGGCCGGUAUGGUCGUCAACUUCGCUCCUUCGAACGUGACCACCGAAGUCAAGUCCGUCGAGAUGCACCACGAGCAGAUCCCCGAGGGUCUCCCCGGUGACAACGUCGGAUUCAACGUCAAGAACGUUUCCGUCAAGGACAUCCGACGAGGAAACGUCUGUUCCGACUCCAAGAACGACCCCGCCAAGGAGGCCGCUUCUUUCAACGCCCAGGUCAUCGUCUUGAACCACCCCGGUCAGAUCGGUGCCGGAUACGCGCCCGUCCUCGACUGCCACACCGCCCACAUUGCCUGCAAGUUCGGUGAGCUCAUCGAGAAGAUCGACCGACGAUCCGGAAAGGUCAUGGAGGCCAGCCCCAAGUUCUUGAAGUCUGGUGACGCCGCCAUCGUCAAGCUUGUCCCCUCCAAGCCCAUGUGUGUCGAGUCUUACCAGGAGUACCCUCCCUUGGGUCGAUUUGCCGUACGCCCUUCCCUCACGUCUUCGUUUGUCUUCGGUCACUAA